AUGUUAUCACAUUAAUUGUUGUCUUAAUGGAGGAAGGGUCCAACAAAUAGUGUGCCCUUAGAGCCUGGACAUGGCAGAGGGAUCUUCUGUAUGGACAUAAUGAAGGAUCAUUUGGUUACUGGAUCAGCUGAUCAUGGUUUGAGAUGUUACAAUUUGUCAUCCAUGAAAUACGAGAAAGAAUUGUAUGCAAAGAGAUAUGGUCACUCAGAAUGGGUUAGUUCAGUUUAGCAUUUGUAAAAUGGGUAAAUAGUAUCAGCUGGGAUGGACAGCAAGAUCUGUUUAUGGGAUGCAAAGGGAGUAAGAUGUAAUGAUUUGGUUGGACAUCAAGGAUCGAUUACUAAAUUGAUGGUGGAUGAAUAGUCAGUGUGUAUUUCAAGUUCAUAUGAUUAAACAUUGGUGAUUUGGCAAUUGAGUUCAAUGUAAGAGAGUAGGAAAUUGUUUGGACCACAUAAAAGUGCAGUGUUGGAUUUUGAUUGGAAAAACUCAUUGUGUGUGAGUGGCGAUAAAUAGGGUACUGUUGUGUUUUGGGACAUAAAUGAAGGAGAGCCAGUGAUGUCCAAACAUGCUCAUCAAGGGGCUGUUUCUAAAUGUCUAUUGUAUUCUGAUGGAGGAAAUAAUAAUCUUGUUAUUACGGCUGGUAUUAAUGAUGGGACAUUGGUUAUUCAUGAUAUGAGGACUAAUAAAUUGGUAAAUUAGAGUUAGAUUCAUAAGGGAUCAAUCAAUGGUCUGGCAGUGAAUCUAUAGAAUUUUAUAAUCACAGGUAGUGCUGAUGCAACCUGUAAAAUAACUGACAUCGUGGCUGGUUUCAAGCCAGUAUCUAUGAUGAAGGCCAAAGAUGCAGUAUUUUCUAUAGAGACUAUAUACAAUAUGACAAUUGCAGGAUGUGGAGAUGGCAAUAUCUUGUUUUAUGAUAAUGAUUCAGGUCAAUGUCUAUAUGGAUUUGGAGCAAUGAAUAAGGGUUGUGUGAGAUAAAUGAAAAUAAAUGACAAUAAAACUAAGUUAGUUGCCAUUGGUGAUGAUUUUUCUCCGAUGGUUUUACAAUAUUCAUGAUUAUAUUCAAUUUAAUUUAAGCAAAUCUACUG